CCUCAUAAUAUGAGACAUUGUUGAGUACGUUGAUUUCGUUUACGUUCGUUACAUCAAAAAUUGUGUGUUCGGCACCGUUGUGAUUAGAUUUUUGCUAUCCGCGCGUCUUAGUAUUAUUUUUUGUCGUGAAAGUUUUAUAGAAUAAUUUAAUAUGCCUCUACCAGCUGCUCUUGCCGCAAGGCUGGCAAAAAGGGGGAUUGUGAAACCAUCAGAUAUAGAAGCGCGUGAAAAUGAGAGGAAGGAAGAAGAAGAAGUUAUUGCCGAAGACUAUGAUGAAAGAGAAAGACUUGGAGAUGAUGACGAUCCCAUGAACAUCGCGAAUCUGGAGAAAAAGUUUCAGGGUCACCCUGGAUGUCCUAACAAGUACAAUAUUUAUCAUGACUGCUCUAAGGCAUGUGUCGAUUUAUGGGGAGCAGGGAAACUAGAGGCUGAUGCUCGAUAUCUGCGAAAGAAAAAUAGAAUGCUUAAGAAAUAUCCACUGCCUGAAACUUGGAAAGAAGUCUAUGAUCCUGGACUGGGACGUCAUUAUUACUGGGGCACAGAUGCAGAUGUUGUAUCAUGGUUACCCCCAACUCACCCUAAGGCAUCAGUAUCCAUGUGUGCUGCCCAUCUUAGAGAGGAACGGCAUAUGGCCGAAGGUGAUCAAGAUGAUGACGAAGAAGAGGAAGAGGAGGAAGAGGAGGAAAAAGAUGACCCGCAAGAGGAAAUAGAGAAUGAUAAAGAACAAGAAGAAGCAAUUGCAGAACGUAAAAGAAGACAAAGGGAAGAGAGAGAGAGACUGAGGUCUCGAGGCCGUCAAAAAGUUCGUGAUAAUGAUUUAGAUCCUAUGGAUCCAGCAUCCUAUUCAGAUAUCCCAAGAGGCACAUGGUCUACAGGUUUACCUACUCAAAGUGAAGCAAAAACUGGGGUAGAUGUAACAGCUGCAGGACCAUUGUAUCAAAUGCGACCGUACCCUAGUCCAGGCGCAAUUCUUCGAGCUAAUAAAAAGCCGCCUCCCAAAAGUGACAAGGUUGUUUCUAAACCUGAAUUACCCUAAGUUAAAUUCAGCUGUUUUGUAAAUCUUUGUAAUUUAACUGUAAAACAAUUGUGCAGAAGCAUUGCAUCUAUUGUCUCAAACAAGUAAGGGAAGGAGCAUUAAAAGUCUAAUUAAAUUUUCA